AUUUCGAAGGCAACAAUAAUAUUUAUUUAUAAAUUAAGAAUUUGCUCAGAAACUAAACCAGUAUCUAUCCAGUCUGAGUUCUCUUGUAUUGCGUCCAGUGAACGAUGUCGGUGAAGGAGUGUUCGCACCACAAGGGAAAGAAGCACAAGGUCCUGAAACGGAUCUUCUGGGGCAUAGUGAUCGUGGCGUUCAUCGUGCUGCUAACAGUUCUGAUAAUCUGGGCAAUCCUGAAGCCUUCAAAGCCAACCUUCAUCCUCCAAGACGUGACCGUAUACGCGUUCAACGCCACCGUCCCCAACUUCCUGACCUCAAGCUUUCAGGUGACACUCUCCUCGCGCAACCCCAACGACAAAAUCGGAAUCUACUACGACCGUCUGAACACCUACGUGACCUACCGGAACCAGCAGGUCACCUACCGCACCACCAUCCCUCCCUCCUACCAGGGUCACAAGGAAGAGGACGUGUGGUCCCCCUUCGUCUACGGCACCAACGUCCCCGUCGCACCCUACAACUUCCUCGGCCUCAGCCAGGACCAGACCAACGGCAACGUCCUCGUCGUCGUUAAGAUUGACGGCAAGGUACGAUGGAAGGUGGGUGCCUUCGUUUCCGGCCACUACAACCUCUACGUAAGGUGCCCUGCUUUCAUAACCUUUGGCCCAAGGAGCACUGGAAUUGCCCUCGGAAAUAACGCCGUUAAGUAUCAGCUGGUUCAGGCUGCUCCGUCGGGGUUUGACGUCAACGCCGUUUCUACCUUAUAUCGUCUCUUUAUCACUUUAUCUAUAUACUACGCUCUUUCUCAUCAUUUCUUUAUUAUAUAACUAUUUCUUCUUAGGUAUAAGUACGUGCGUCUCUUUGUUAUGCUAUUUCGAAUUGUACAUUUUGCUAUACAAUAAAAUUGCGAGAGAGAUUCAUGAAGCGAAAUUACAAUUUGUAACAAAGCCGAUUCAGAUAAGUUAACACCUUGUUUCAACUUGGUGAAUCAUGUUACUGACUUGUGCCAUUUCUCUUCCUUUUCAAUUUUAUUCGCCAAUAUUCAUGCAUGAUUGUACUUUUA